GCGCGAGAUCCCGCUAACAGGCUGCUAACGUCUAUCCGGAACCGAACUCAAGAAACUCAACUUAUUCAGAAGGCUUGGUUUGUCCAGAUGAGUUAAUUUAUACUUCACUGUCCUGUGCUGUUUGCCGGGUUGCCUUUCUUUGAUGGUGAGAGUUUUCUGAGGCAGUUCUCACGCUGUUUGGCGCAAAUGGUGCUCUGUUGUUGACAUCCAUGACGGCAGCUUCAUCUUUUCAAAGUAGGAAACACGGACGUUUCUAUAAAUGCUCCCUAUAAUCUCUGCACACUCGGCAGUAACAGGACUAAUACUACCACUGUGCACUGUUUGGGCAAAAUGAAGCUACAGUGCGAUGUCGAAUUACUGAAUCGUCAGCUUCCCACGUACGGGAUGAAAGGUCGUGGAAAGGGGAUGAGAGCUGUUCUGUCCAUCGGGAAACAUCUGGACAAAACAAGUCAACGUAGCCACGUAUACCUGCUGAUCUGUACCGCCAAGGACCGAGCGGGCUCAAAGUAUAAGCUCAAAGACAACAUUGAGAAGUUCUUCACAUGGUUUGUUGAAGAGGGCAAAGCUACUGUCCGGUUAAAAGAACCAGCAGUUGACAUCUGUUUGAGCAAGGCAGAUCCAAACAGCCUAAAGAACUUCCUGUCUGCAGCACGGUUGGCAGACAGGGGGAGUGAGACGAGCAGCCUGCCUCUGUCCACACUCACUCCGGUUCGGGCUCGAGAUGUGGAGCAGCCCAAGAAGAGGCUUUCCAUCCUCUCAAAGAAGGACUACCCUCUGACCUCCAACUUCCCGUACUCUCUGGAGCAGCUGCAGGUGUCCUGGUGCAAACUGACGCGAGUCGAUAUGCGCAUGCUCUCUCUGAAAGCUCUGCGUGUACUGGACCUUAGCAGUAAUCACAUAAAGAAGCUGCCAGCGACAAUCGGAGACCUGGGCUGCCUGUCACACCUGAACCUCCGGAACAACCACCUGGAGUCAUUCAGUGAGGCUCUGUGUUUGUCCACACUCCAGAAGACCCUGCAUUCCCUGGACUUAGCCCACAACCAGCUGCGCUCCCUCCCCCCGGAGUUCUGCCAGCUCCGAGAACUGGUCACCCUCAAAGUGGACGACAACCAGCUGGUCUGUUUGCCCUUCCACAUCGGCCGCCUGUCCAAGCUCCGUUUCCUGUCCGCGGCCCACAAUCAACUGUCUGUGCUGCCCAUGGACUUCAGGAAGCUCAGCCUGGAGAACCUGGACUUGUUUGGGAACCCUUUUAUCCAGCCUAACCCUCUAGACCACACCAUCAAACUCACUUUCCCUCUUCCUCUACAGGAGAUCGCUUCCAGGGCUGUGGCAAACCAGAGGAUAGUAUUUGGCCCUCAGCUCAUCCCGGCUCACCUGUGUCGGGACCUGGAGGUAGCAAAGAUCUGCUGCUGUGGACAAGUGUGUAUCAGUCAGUACAUCCAGAGCAGUGUAAGCAUGAACCUGCACCAGGUGUCCCACACAGUGGUGUUAGUGGACAACAUGGGGGGCACCGAUGCCCCUAUACAGCAGUACUUCUGCUCACUCACCUGUUACUCUCACUUCUUAGACAGCUCCCUCCAGAGGGCAGCCAGAUAAGACCUUCAGUUGACAGUGAAGAUGUAAGACUCAAUUGUUACAAUACUAACUGCCAGUUCAACUUACCGUAAAUGAAUCCUCAAGUAUUUUCCAAAACAUACCCUGCCAAACAUCCUCAAGGCUGCUACUGAGUCUUUUACAACUUUAUUUGUCUAAUACAUUCACUAUAGCACGAAAGUCUGGUAUCUUCAUUCAGCUGUCUAAAUCAUCAGACUUUAAGUGCCUUUCACUGCAUUUCCCAAUGUCUCUUAAAGGGUCAAGUUGAGCGGGCUGUUUACAUGUAACUUUUAUAUGUUUAAGCAUUUAAUAAACUGAGAGUAUUUU